AUGGCGAGUCAAUUUCACUACAGUCCACUGAGUCCCAGCUCUAGAGAGAUCCGACUGGUCACUAUGGCACCAGGCUUAACUGAGACGCUCAACGACGAUACUCUUGAAUGUGCGCUGACGCACACCUCCCUGCCGUCCGCUUCUCCGGAUGGGCUGGAUCUUUCCAUCGAGUACGAGACGGUAUCCUACGUUUGGGGCGAUGCGAACCGACGUGCAUUCAUAUACCUCGACAGGGAGCUCGUCAGUGUUCCUUGGAGCUCAGAGCAGGUGCUGAGGUCAGUCAGAAGAUCCGACAGACCUCGAACCAUAUGGAUCGAUGCUGUCUGUAUCAACCAGUCGGACCUUGUCGAAAGAUCGCAGCAGGUUGCCAUCAUGGCUGAUAUCUACCGAUCCGGGAGCCAAAACAUCGUCUACCUGGGUAACCAUGAUCGUACUCUGGAUGCUGCCUUGUCUAGUGCUCGAAGUCUGCUUCGAACAGAGAUAGCCGAUGCUAUCGCCGAAGGUCGAAGUUUUCUAGACUUUAUGCACGACCCCUCUGGACAGACUCGACUCUCCACAGCCAGAAUCACCGUGGAUGUCGACCAGACAGCUCUGCUGGAUCUAUUCUCGAAUCCCUGGUUCAGCUGCCUGUGGGUGUUGCAAGAAGCGGCGCUCGCCAAACGAAGCAUCUGUAUUUGCGGCGACCAGGAGUUCGCCUUGCUCGACAUUUGCAUGGUAGCGAAGUGGCUAUAA